AUGUCUCAUCAACAAAAAGGUAGUACAUGUGAUGAGGAGUUCGCUUGCCAAGCAUUGACUCAUUUGUCAAAGGAUCUGUUUGCUUCAUCGGCAUUCCACAUAGUGCCAUUGCAAAGUCACACUUUCAAUUCGAGCCAAGUACCAAGGUAUCAUCCAAAGUUAUUUGUGCCAUCCCACCCUUUCCAGAUCAAGGACCUAGGCUCCGAGGCAUGCCCAGACAAUGACCUUCUCCCAUCUUUGCCGAGCUCAUCAGCUUCAACUCCCAAGAUAAACAGUCUGUUGGACUGUGAUGACUUUGCUAGUGACGACCAGGCCAUAUGCUCCUCGUCCCCAUCUUCUCCACUGCAUAUGACACCCCGUACUCCUCCAGUCAAGAAACAAAAGACUUCAAAGACUUCGUCCUCCAAGCAACCACCCACAUGCCACUUCAUCAGUUGUCUCCUUUGCCAGAAUGGAAAGCCAUCACUGCUUGAGAAGCAUCCAACUUGGGCUGCCAUCAUGAGGGUUGUAUUCUACACCCUCGCCGACAGCAUGCCAGAGAAGGCAUUCUACUCUCUAAAGUCCGAUGUCUACAGCUUCAUGCAAGCUCAUUGGGAACUUCUAGGUCUCGACAAGAAGAAGUCCAACAAUUGGCACAAGCAGAUACAGGAUAUGUUGUCACAUAGCAAAGCAGUGUUUGAGUCUGGAAGUGAGGUCCUGGGGCAGUAUGGAUUCUGGAGACUGAGACACCUGACCGACCCCUUUGUAGACUCCAAGAUCAAUGUUGAUCAAAUGACCUCCAACUCAUUCGAUGCUCCUCCACAACGUCAAAGGACAAGUCCAUUGAUAAUCCACACCUUUGAGGACGAGUUCAAUUGUAUAGAUGACCGACAUAUCACAUCCAAACCACCAGCCAACAACCUCAGUAGUUGCAACAGUGUUUCCAGCAACCAACAUCAUCCAAUCAACAACCACAACAACUUUGAGAUGACACCUCCAACAACUUAUCCGACUCUUCCCAAGUUGAAGGACAUCUUGGCCAUAAUGGACGAAUAG